CGGCUUUCCCCCCCUCUCCCUCCUCUUCCAACCAUCUCUAUAACCCAUCUCUCCCCUGGGUUCCUCAUAUACGCUUCUAUCAUUCUGGCAUCGUAACAUUCAUUCUCAUCAUGGCGCCUCCUACAUAUGCCGGCUUUUCGGGCCGGCGACUCGGCCUCGCGAUAUCGACAAUCGCGACUAUGGGCUUCUUGCUUUUUGGUUAUGACCAGGGUGUCAUGUCAGGUAUCAUUUCUGAUCCGGCGUUCAACGACAUGUUCACUGCGACCAAGGGUGACUCGGUCAUGCAAGCAACCGUGACUGCAGUCUAUGAAGUCGGCUGUCUUUUUGGUGCCAUCUUCGCCUUGAUUUGUGGUGAAAAGUUGGGGCGUCGCCUCAUGGUCAUGUGGGGUGCGACCGUGAUGAUCAUCGGUGUAAUCAUUCAAGUCACUGCCAUGCCCAAUUCGAUCCCACUGCUGCAGUUCAUCUUCGGCCGUGUGGUCACUGGUAUCGGCAACGGUAUGAACACGUCGACUAUCCCAACGUAUCAAGCCGAGUGCUCCAAGACUAGCAACCGUGGUCUUCUUAUCUGCAUUGAAGGAGGCAUUAUUGCCAUUGGAACCAUGAUCGCCUACUGGAUCGACUAUGGAGCCCACUACGGUCCCCAAGACCUGGUCUGGCGCUUUCCCAUUGCCUUCCAAGUCUUCUUCGGACUCAUCAUCAUUUUCGGCAUGUGGAAACUCCCCGAAUCCCCUCGUUACUUGAUCGCCCACGGCAAGGUUGAGGAAGGUACUCGAGUCCUUGCUGCCCUCGCAGGCGAGGAAAUCGACCACCCCCACAUCCAGCUGGAGAAGAAUCUCACCCUGGACUCUGUUCGAGCUUCCGGAAACUCCCACGCCAAGUUCAGCGACUUGCUUACCGGGGGUCCCUCUCAGCAUUUCCGCCGCAUGUUGGUCGGUUCGUCAUCUCAGUUCUUUCAGCAGAUUUCUGGCUGCAACGCGGUCAUCUACUACUUGCCCGUGCUUCUUGAGGAUUCUAUCCACCAGUCGCACAAUUUCGCGCUUCUGAUUGGCGGUAUCAACAUGAUCUGUUACGCCAUCUUCGCCACAUUCUCGUGGUUCUUCAUUGAAAAGAUCGGUCGUCGCAAGCUGUUCCUUGCCGGCAGCUACGGUCAAUGUGCUGCGAUGAUUAUCGUCUUUGCCUGCUUGAUCCCGGGCGAUGCUGAGAGUGCUAAGGGAGCUAUCUUCGGGUUCUUCCUAUACAUGUGCUUCUUCGGUGCCACCUGGUUGCCUCUCCCGUGGCUCUACCCUGCCGAAAUCUCCCCUCUCAAGACCCGGUCCAAAGCCAAUGCCGUGUCGACCUGCAGCAACUGGCUUUUCAACUUCACCGUGGUUAUGAUUACACCUGUGAUGGUCAGCAGUAUCGGUUGGGGCACGUAUCUCUUCUUCGCCGCAUGGAAUGCGCUCUUCAUCCCGGUCAUUUGGUUCUUCUAUCCCGAAACCGCCAACCGCAGUCUGGAAGAGAUCGAUUUGAUCUUCGCCAAGGGCUAUGUCGAGAAGAUGAGCUAUGUCCGCGCGGCCAAGGAGCUGCCCAAGCUCACCGAUGAUGAAAUCGAAGCCAAGGCGGCCGAAUAUGGCAUCCUCGGUGGUGACGAGGAGAAGGCUGAGGAGCGUAUCGCCGAGAAGAACCCUCCCCAGUCCGAAGAGUUUUCCCAGUUCCAGCCCACGCAGCUGUAAGGGUAAAAAAGGCAGCGCAUGGGAGUUUUUUUUUCAUUUAUGAUGAUAUGCCUCGCAACAUGAUUUAUAUACCUCUUUUGUUGAUUGUUUUCUCUUGUUCUCUAUUUUUGGUCGAAUUGCUGCCGAGCCCAGUUGCUGGCCAACCUUGCCUACGUGUCCUUGCCUGGUGCAGGAUACAUGCGUGCGUGCGUGCGUGCGUGCGUGAUGUAUUGGGCGCAUCCUUCGUCGAUGCAUGGGA